AUGUUGGUUCGAGUCGCGGAAGGAAGAAAAGCAUUUAUAUAUCUGCAAUACGUCGUGAUUGCACUUUUUGUUGUGAUGAACACUAUCGCUUUAAUUUUCAUAUUGAUCAAUUGUGUUCCUGUGGAAGCUGCUUGGAAUGCGGAGAAGCUCAAGAACGGUGGCCACUGCCAGCCAAGCUACGUCCUUGCUGAUGUGUACUAUGCGUGCACCGCUGUCAAUAUCCUUACCGACUGGGUAACUGCUGGUUUGCCAAUUCCUUUGCUUUGGAACGUACAUUUGGACCGCAGUACCAAGAUCUCAGUCUCUGCUUUAAUGGGGCUUGGUAUCUUUGCCUCACUCUCAGCAUGUAUCCGUCUCAAAUACACAGUCGCACUUACCAGCCAGGUAGACUUUCUCUUCAAAGUUGCAGAUGUCGUCAUCUGGGGAUUCGCGGAGAACGGCAUCGGCAUGAUGGUGGGGAACAUUGCGACCCUCCGUCCGCUAUUUAGGACCCUCCGCCAUCGCAACGCUUCUGACUAUAAAAGUCACAAAGAUUCACCGAGGUUCAACAGUCCUCGGCGCCUCGGAGAGUCUACAUCCUCACGCGAACUCGAGCUUGAAAAUGGGAAGCACCUAAACCACGUCGUCACGCAAAUAGAUCACACACUGUAUUCCAGCCUGAGCGCCGGAGACAGCCAGAAGGACAUUCUUGGAAAUGUUCAACAACCUGGUCAGGCUGAUAUUGUUGUUAGUAGGCAAGUUGUUGUAGCCUAUGAAUGA